ACCGAGACUGUAUCUUGACACUCCGAUAAGCGAUAAGGAGAUUAAGAUAAUGCAUGUUUUACCAAGCCUCCUCACAAGACCAGAGCUAUAAAAGAAGCUCAAGCGCAUUGAAGUAAUUCAGUGCGCUUCCUCCGAUACCACUGUGCCUUCCUGCUCUCCAGUAGCCAACAUGGACUACUCCAAAAACGCAACAGAGAGACCAGAGCCUUUCAAGGCGGAAGUUAAAGGUACGAUUCCAAAUUGGCUGCAAGGAACUCUGCUGCGUAACGGACCUGGGAUUUUCUCUGUGGGGGAAACCAGCUAUGAUCACUGGUUUGACGGGAUGUCCUUAAUGACCAGCUUCUCAUUCAAGGACGGAGAGAUGACCCAUAGCAGCAGAUUCCUCAGAAGUGACACCUACAACUCUAACAUGAGUGCAAACAGAAUAGUAGUGUCUGAAAUGGGGACAAUGGCAUAUCCAGACCCAAGCAAAAACUUUAUUGUAAAGGCGAUCACUUUCCUGAACCACACGGUGCCAGACUUUACCGACAAUGGUUCUAGCAACAUCAUAAAAUACGGAGGUGACUAUUAUGCCACUUCUGAAACCAACUACAUCCGCAAAAUUGAUCCGGUUACCCUUGAGACUCAAGACAAGGUAGAUUACAUGAAGUACCUGCCAGUUAAUCUGGCUACAUCUCAUCCGCACUAUGACAAAGAAGGCAAUGCCUACAACAUUGGAAUUUCGAUAGCAGAGAAGGGAAAGACCAAAUACAUCCUGUUCAAAGUCCCCGCUGUUUCACCCAAAGACAAAGGCAAGACUGUUCCUGCUCUGAAGAAUGUGGAGGCGAUUUCCACUGUUUCCUGUCGGUCCCUUUUCACACCGAGCUACUGCCACAGCAUUGGCUUCACAGACAAUUACAUCAUCUUCGUCGAGCAGCCUUUCAAGUUGGACAUCCUCAAGAUGGCCACUGCCUACAUGAGGGGAGUCAACUGGGCAAGCUGCAUGAAGUUCUGCCCUGAUGAAACUACUCUGAUCCACUUGAUCGACAAAAGAACUGGCAAAGAGGUUGAAAUGAAAUUCAACACUGGGCCAAUGGUCAUUUAUCAUCAUGUGAAUGCCUUUGAAGAUGAAGACCAUGUGGUGUUUGAUGUCAUCGCCUACAAUGACAGCAAGCUUUAUGACAUGUUCUACCUGAAAAACCUAAAACAUGAUGCUAGUUCUCAAAGCAGCGAGUACUCCAAACCAAGUUUCAGAAGAUUCGCACUUCCUGUCAAGUCGGACAAGGGCAUUAGGGUUGGAGAGAAUCUUGUGAAACUCAAUUACACAACAGCCAGUGCUGUAAAGGAGAAAGAGGGCAAAUGCACAUGCCAGUCAGAGGUGCUCUGUGAAGAUUUUGAAUUACCCAGGAUCAAUUAUGAUUUCAAUGGGACGAAGUACAAGUUUGCCUAUGGGAACAUUGUGGAAAAAUCUGCAUUGUCAAAACAGGUUGCAAAAUUUGACACAGAGACAAAGACUAUGCUUUACUGGAAUGGAGAAAACUGCUGGCCAUCAGAGCCAGUUUUUGUUCCAAGACCAAAUGGAGAGUCAGAGGACGAUGGAGUGGUCCUGUCGUCUGUCAUCAACUCCAAUCCAGGCCAGUCUGGUUUUCUUGUGAUCCUCGACGGAAAAACAUUCAAGGAAGUUGCCAGGGCGUAUGUCAACGCUGACCUCUACAAGGACAUGCAUGGAAUUUUUAUUCCAAAAGGGAACUAAUCAACAUGCAACAUGUUUGAAGUUUACUACAGCCCUCCUCAGCCCCCACAUGCUUUUGCCUGACUUUGCAUAACCACACACCAUCGUUUAUCUUACUUCCCCUGUUACCAUGACAGCUUAUGUGCGGGCUUAAACUGUAUCUAAAUAUAGUAAGCUUGUGAAAUGAUAUUCUCGUGCAAUAUUAUAUUGUUUCUGUUUUAGAGAUAAAUAUAUGUUCGCCUUGAGCACAUGCAUGUGUGUAUGUAUCAUUGUUAUUGAAUAUUUACAUAUUACUCCAUUAAAGACCAAUGUAAACGCUAA